GUGUUUCCGGUUCUAGAGAAAAUAUUAUUACGUGCUUGCGAGUCCAGGGUUGCGGAAUACACACUCAACCAAAAAAACGAAAAAUCGCAGCAAAUACAUUCUCAGCUAUAUAAAAAUUUCGCAAAUCAAGAACCAAGGGCUCAAACUCAGGGGUUUCUUUGGCGGUGGCUCUGAUCAGCAAGGGUGACUGAAAGAAGGUUAUGGCAUCAUCCGAUGAUGAGGCGGAGGGCCUGCCACAAUGCGUUUCAAAUUACUAUUUUGAAGACGACAACGAUGAACCCAUUUCAUUUUCUGUUUUGCCAAUCCAAUGGAGAGAAGGUGAGAGUCCAGAGCGCAAGAAAGAACAGAUAUUCCUGCAUGGAACUGCUGACAAUGGGCUUCAAAAAAUAUAUAAGCAUGUGAUUGCAUGGAGGUUUGAUCUUUCGAAUCUGAUUCCCGAGAUAUCAGUGCUCACCAAGGAAAAUAAUUGGAUCAAGCUUCAGAAGCCAAGGAAGAGCUUUGAGGAUACAAUUAGGACCAUCCUGAUAACAGUGCAAUGUCUUCAUUUCUUGAAGAAAUAUCCGGAAACAUCUGGGAAAACUUUGUGGGAUCACUUUUCUAAAGUAUUCAGCUUGUAUGAGGUCAGACCUUCUCAGAAUGAUCUGGUGGACCACUUGCCUUUAAUUAGUGAAGCUAUUAAAAGGGAUGAUACCUUAGCGAAGUCCAAGUUUUUAUGCACAUUUCUCGAGGAGAAGCCCGGGAAGAGGAAACAAUCUGAUGAGGCUGUUCCAACCACAUCAAUGUCUGGAUUUAUAGUUGAUGAGAUGGAUGAUGAUAUUUUAGAUGAAGAAGAAGACGAGUCCAAUGAAAAUGAGGAUUCUGUUUGUGCAUUUUGUGAUAAUGGUGGUGAUAUUGUGUGUUGUGAAGGAAGGUGCAUGAGGUCGUUUCAUGGAACUGUAGAGGCUGGUGCAGAAUCUGAUUGUGUCUCUCUUGGCUUUUCGCAGAAGGAAGAAGUAGAUGAAUUGCCGACCUUCAUCUGUAAAAAUUGUGAAUAUAAACGGCAUCAGUGCUUUGCUUGUGGGAAGUUGGGCUCUUCUGAUAAGUUUUCGGGUGCUGAGGUCUUUCAAUGUGUUAGCGCAACCUGUGGCUAUUUUUACCAUCCGCGUUGUGUGGCGAAAUUGCUCCAUCAGGGGAAUGAAGUUGCUAUAGAAGAGCUUGAGAAAAAGAUUGCUGCAGGGGAAUCUUUUACGUGCCCAAUUCAUAAGUGUUGUGUUUGUAAACAAGGAGAGAAGAGCAAGGAUCCUCAAUUGCAGUUUGCUGUAUGUAGGCGCUGUCCCAAGUCAUACCACAGGAAAUGCUUGCCAAGGGAGAUUGCAUUUGAAGAAUUAGAGGAUGAAGAUAUAAUACAAAGGGCUUGGGAGGGCCUAUUAGGCUACAACCGCAUACUAAUAUACUGCUUAAAACAUGAGAUUGAUGAAGACCUCAAAACUCCAAUAAGAGACCACAUAAAAUUCCCUGGUGUUAAGACUACAGUUGAAAAAAAGAAGGCAACCAUGGAAGAAAAGAAAAAACAAGCUUCAGGUUCAUUUGGAAACAAAGAGAAAGAUCUGUCAAAGAAGAAAAAUCUUGCCUUAGAUGACUCCUUCCGGAGAAGAAUUGCUAUGAAAGUAGCUAAAAAGAAUCAGAAGCCAUCCUCACUUGUGAAGGCGGGAAAUACCAAAAGUGAGAAAUUGUUAUGUCAAUCAGAUAUCUUAUGGAAAGUGAAAUUAAAUGAUGGGUCAAGAAAGCUUUUGAAUGAAAAUGGGAAGUCUGUCUCGAUGGAGGAUGAAAACAAAUCUACGCUUGGCGACAAGUUAUAUCAAUAUGACUUAAUGAAGAGGUCUGGACAAGUUAAGUCCACGAAGCAGGAUAUACCUGAUGGUAAAGUUAAUAGGACUCUGGCAGUGAAGGCAGCCACAAAGAAGCUAGGCAGUGCACUGCCUCCAUUAGAUGCUAAUACAGAGAGGAGAUUAUUGGAUUUGAUGAAAGAUGCUUCAUCAUCAAUAACUUUAGAAGAGGUCAAAAAAAAGCACAAACUUCCCUGUACUUAUGCUUACUCGUCAAGAAAUAAUCUCGACAAGAACAUUACUAUGGGGAAGUUGGAGGGUUCAGUGGAGGCAGUUCGAGCCGCCUUAGGGAAACUUGAAGAUGGCUGCAGUUGUGAAGAUGCAGAAGCUGUCUGCGAACCUGAGGUUCUGGACCAGAUAUUCAAGUGGAAGCAAAAGCUCAAAGUUUAUCUUGCACCUUUUCUUCAUGGUAAUCGUUACACGUCUUACGGUCGCCAUUUUACGAAAGUGGAGAAACUUGAAGAGAUUGUUGAUAAGCUUCAUUGGUAUGUACAAAAUGCAGACAUGAUAGUGGACUUCUGUUGCGGUGCUAAUGAUUUUAGUAUUCUGAUGAAGAAAAAGCUAGAAGAGAUGGGCAAGAAGUGCUCAUACAAAAACUAUGAUAUUGUUCAAGCUAAGAACGAUUUUAAUUUUGAGAAGAGGGAUUGGAUGACUGUCCAACCAAAAGAGUUACAAAUGGGAUCACAAUUGAUCAUGGGGCUAAAUCCUCCUUUUGGACUAAGAGCAAGUUUGGCAAAUAAGUUUAUUGAUAAGGCUCUUGAGUUUAGACCAAAGCUCCUUAUUCUUAUUGUUCCAGUAGAAACACAAAGGUUAGAUCAAAAGAAAACACCUUAUGAUCUUGUUUGGGAGGAUGAUCAAUCUUUAUCAGGAAAGUCGUUUUAUCUGCCCGGAUCAGUUGAUGAGAAUGACAAACAAAUGGAUCAGUGGAAUAUGAGGACACCUCCACUGUCUCUUUGGAGUCGUCGUGAUUUUACUGCCAAACACAAAGACAUAGCUCAAAAACAUGGUCACCUCUCCAAGCAACCAGAAGUAUCAUCUGAAAUGGAAAAGAACCAUCAUGAGGAUAUAAUGCACAAUCAUCCUACAGACGAUCAUGAUCAUUGUGGUGAUAUUUCCAUGCUGAUUGAUGAUCUUCCCACUCAAAGUGAUAGAACCGAAAAAUUCAGAGGUGGGGCAGUUGUCACGGAAUGUCAUAAAGAAAGCUCCCCUUGCAGCAACAGUGAUAGAGGAAGCCUUGAGAGCAAGGGCCGCACGAAGAACCAGCCCAAUGAGGCAUCUCUAAGAAAGAGGAAGCAUGACAAAGAAAAGCACGGAAUAGGAAUGGGUGAGAUAUCAACAGAGAACAAAAUUGAUGGUGGAAGGCCUCGUUCUCUUCCCAGUGUAGUUGAUGGCAAUUCCUCAUUGGAAGGUCCGCAAUCCGAGAUCCCUUCACAUGCAGAGAUUGGGAAGAACCAGCCCAAUGAAACAUCUGGAAGAAAGCGGAAUCGCGAAGAACAACCGAAUGUAAUUGAUGGCAGUUUCUCCUCGUUGGAAGGUCUGCAAUCCGAAUCUCGCGAGAUCCCUUCACAAGCUGAGAUUGGGAAGAAGCAGCCGAAUGAGACAUCUGUAAGGAUGAGGAAUCGUGACAAAAAAAGGCACGGAAAAGGAAUGGGUAAGAUAUCACCAGAGAACAAGAUGGAUGGUGGAAGGCCUCGUCAUUAUCCACCCAAUGUAGUCGAUGGCCCUUCCUCAUUGGAAGGUUCGCAAUCCAAAUUUCGUGAGAUGCACUCACAAGCUGAGAUUGGUGAGGAUGGCCAUCAGCAUUUUGCAGCAGCUUAUGGUGGGAGCCAGGCCAGCCUGUACGAUGAUAUGGGCAAAAAGUACACCAGGCGUAGCGAGGAGCUUUACUCAAGUGGGACUCAUAGACAGUUAACUUGUGUUAGUCCGGUUUCUGAUUAUAGGGCUAGAGACUUGGAGGAACGGCUUACAAGCCGCAUGAGAGACAACUCUGAUAGUCUCAGUUACAGACCAUAUAUCACUGAGGGAGAAGAGCUCACGAGGAACAUAGAAAUAAGGUCACAUGUUCGACUUUAUGGGCAACAUGAUCCUAAUCUGCCAAGAAGUAAUUAUCUAGUAGGUCAUGAUCCUCGUUAUGCACAGAUGGGAUCGAUGCCAUCUACUUACGGGCAUCCAGGUCCAGCAGCUGACUUGUCUUAUAGAAUGAAUACAUCAGCAAUGCAGCGGUAUGCACCCCAAUUGGAUGAGUUGAACCACACACGACCGAUGUAUACUUAUGGAUCCGAGUUGCCUAUGAUGAGCCGAUAUGGCUUUAAUAAUCGUGGAGCAUCCCAACCUGAGUUUCAAGGCAGCCCCAUGGGUUUUGCUCCUGGUCCUCACCAUGCCUAUUCACGCCAUAGUUCAGCAGGUUGGCUAAAUGAGUAGUUAUGCAGCGAAUGUCCUUGUUUUCAUAGGCGAAUUAUUAUUUGUUGCGUAACUACACAAUGGUAGGCGUUCAGCCAUGCAACAACCUACCACUUGGUGCACUUUGAGUCCUUCAAGUGGACACUUUUGUUCUUAAAUGUGGGCGUCUCGAUGUGUUUAUUAGGUGAUUUGGUGAAGUUUGUUACGUUA